AUGACGAUCCAUCUGCUAUUGCGAAGCAUCCUCGUAACCCCAAAAGAAAUCUUUGUGUUCCACAAAGACAUGCCUCCACGAUUAUUUACACGGAAAGACGGUUUUGGUACUUCACGAUCGGCGCCAAAAUCCCGAUGGGUCCCAACAGGGCACAUUCCAAAGACGAUAGGGUUAGUUGAUUCCGAGAUCACUCACCUCGUCAACAAUAACAAAUCUGAAAUCCAUGGGUCCCCCAGUCAACAAAAAGCUUUCUUCCAAAAAGCUAACAGUGCUGACCAGAGAAGACGCGUACACCAUCCACGAAUGAUCGAGUUUCAUGUCGGGCCUUACGACUACCGAGCCCGGAACCUCUGCAUCUCGACACGUCACAAGCCCGUCACUCUUCUCCCCAUAACGGAGUUGCAGGUGGAGUGCAGACAGGGCCAUGGCAGCCGAGACGGGCACUAUCACAGGCACCUCCGCGCCACCGUCCCUUGUAACCCACGGAACCUCGGCAUGCGCAAUGUGGGACAUUGUUGA